CGGCGCGGACGACGCCCCGCCCCCGCCCGCCAAAGUCUGCGCGCGAAUUCGGUGGCGCGAAUUGAGGACUGCAGUCGGGCACCGAGUGGUUUGGGUGUGACGCGCAGGACAGCGGCGCGCGAGGCCGGCGAGAGGCAGGAGCAGCUGGCUGGAGAAGAGGAAGAGGAGAGGGGAAGGGAGAAUCCUGACUCAUCAUGCAGCGUAGUAUCAUGUCAUUUUUCUACCCCAAGAAGGAGGGCAAAGUGAAAAAACCAGAGAAGGAGACCUCCAACAGCGUCAGAGAGACGGAACCACCUCCAAAGGUAGCACUGAAGGAGCGGAAUGGGGAGGUGCCCGAGAGUGAUUCUCCAGUGAAGAGGCCAGGGCGCAAGGUGGCCCGGGUCCUGGGCAGUGAAGGGGAGGAGGAAGAUGAAGCCCUCACGCCCUCCAAAGGCCAGAAGCCUGCCCCGGGCUCUCCACAAGUCUCCCCUCCCAGCCCUGCCACAUUUCCCGAGAGCAGCCCUUCCCUCUCCAACACCUCUCCUGUGGACAUCUCCCCAGCAGGGAUCCCCAAGCGGCGCACAGCUCGGAAGCAGCUUCCUAAGCGGACAAUACAGGAUGUCCUGGGGGAGCAGGGCAGGGACGAGGACAGAGAGGCCAAGAGGAAGAAGGAGGAAGAAGCUGAGACCCCACCGGAAAGCCUCACAGAGCCUGAAGUGACCCAGAAGAAAGAAGCAGAAGGGGACCAGCCCGCGACGCCCCCUGAGACCUCCCCAGCAGAGCCCCCACCAGACGGCGCCUCGGAGCCUGAGGUGGCCGAGAAGCAGGAGGCUCGGGAGGAGAACCCAGCCAAGCCGCCCGCCAGAGCUCCUAAGCCGGUCAGCAGCUUCUUCGCCCCCCGGAAACCGGCAACCAAGAAAGAAGGGAAAGAGGAGGGACCUGGCACGGCAAGACAGGAGGAGACCAAGGGACCCCUGGACCCCUCCAGCUACAAUCCUGCCAAGAGCAAUUACCAUCCCAUCGAUGAUGCAUGCUGGAAGCCAGGCCAGAAGGUCCCUUACCUGGCUGUGGCCCGGACAUUUGAGAAGAUUGAGGAAGUUUCUGCUCGGCUCCGGAUGGUGGAGACGCUGAGCAACUUGCUGCGUUCUGUGGUGGCCCUGUCGCCUCCCGACCUCGUCCCGGUCCUCUACCUCAGCCUCAGCCGCCUCGGGCCACCCCAGCAGGGCCUGGAGCUUGGCGUCGGUGACGGCGUCCUGCUCAAGGCCGUGGCCCAGGCCACGGGGCGGCAGCUGGAGUCUGUCAAGGCCGAGGCAGCCGAGAAGGGCGACGUGGGGCUGGUGGCCGAGAACAGCCGCAGCACCCAGAGACUCAUGCUGCCCCCGCCUGCGCUCACCGCUGCCGGUGUCUUCACCAAGUUCCGAGACAUCGCCCGGCUGGCCGGCAGCGCUUCCACAGCCAAGAAGAUGGACGUCAUCAAAGGCCUCUUUGUCGCCUGCCGUCACUCGGAAGCCCGAUACAUCGCCAGAGCCCUGAGUGGACGGCUGCGCCUCGGGCUGGCAGAGCAGUCGGUGCUGGCCGCCCUCUCCCAGGCCGUGAGCCUCACGCCCCCAGGCCAAGAAUUCCCUCCGGCCGUCGUGGAUGCUGGGAAGGGCAGGACAGCAGAGGCCCGAAAGACGUGGCUGGAGGAGCAAGCCAUGAUCCUGAAGCAGACAUUCUGCGAGGUGCCCGACCUGGACCGGAUCAUCCCCGUGCUGCUGGAGCACGGCCUGGAGCGCCUCCCGGAGCACUGCAAGCUGAGCCCAGGGGUUCCCCUGAAACCGAUGCUGGCACACCCCACGCGGGGUGUCAGCGAGGUCCUGAAACGCUUCGAGGAGGCAGCUUUCACCUGCGAGUACAAAUACGACGGGCAGAGGGCGCAGAUCCACGUCCUGGAAGGCGGGGAGGUGAAGAUCUUCAGCAGGAAUCAGGAAGACAAUACUGGAAAGUACCCGGACAUCAUCAGCCGCAUCCCCAAGAUUAAACUCCCGUCGGUCACAUCCUUCAUCCUAGACACAGAAGCCGUGGCUUGGGACCGGGAAAAGAAGCAGAUCCAGCCAUUCCAAGUGCUCACCACCCGCAAACGCAAGGAGGUGGACGCGGCAGAGAUCCAGGUGCAGGUGUGUCUGUAUGCCUUCGACCUCAUCUACCUCAAUGGAGAGUCCCUGGUGCGUGAGCCGCUUUCCCGACGCCGGCAGCUGCUCCGGGAGAAUUUCGUGGAGACGGAGGGCGAGUUUGUCUUCGCCACCUCCCUGGACACCAAGGACACAGACCAGAUUGCCGAGUUCUUGGAGCAGUCUGUGAAAGACUCCUGCGAGGGGCUCAUGGUGAAAACCCUGGACGUCAAUGCCACCUAUGAGAUUGCCAAGAGAUCACACAACUGGCUCAAGCUGAAGAAGGACUACCUCGAUGGCGUGGGUGACACCCUGGACCUCGUGGUGAUCGGCGCCUACCUGGGCCGUGGCAAGCGGGCCGGCCGCUACGGGGGCUUCCUGCUGGCCGCCUACGACGAGGAGAGUGAGGAGCUCCAGGCCAUAUGCAAGCUCGGAACUGGCUUCAGUGACGAGGAGCUGGAAGAGCAUCACCGGAAGCUGCAGGCCCUGGUGCUACCCACCCCACGCCCCUACGUCCGGGCAGAUGGGGCUGUGGCCCCCGACCACUGGCUGGACCCCAGCGCCGUGUGGGAGGUGAAAUGUGCCGAUCUCUCCCUGUCCCCCAUCUACCCUGCUGCCCGCGGCCUGGUGGAUGGUGAGAAGGGGAUCUCCCUUCGCUUCCCUCGGUUUAUCCGCAUCCGUGAAGACAAGAAGCCGGAGGAGGCCACCACCAGUGCCCAGGUGGCCUCGCUGUACAGGAAGCAGAGUCAGAUUCAAAACCAGCAGGGCGCGGACUUGGACUCCGACUCGGAAGAUUUCUACUAGGCUCCCGCCCUCCCAGGGGCUGGGGCAGGGGCGGCAGAGGUGGGGACACGGGGUGUCCUGUUGCCCAGCAAACCUGGUGUUGCGUCCAUGUGGGAUUUGCAGUAUCACAGGUGUGUGUGUGUGUUUGUGUGUGUGUGUGUGUGUGUGUGGGGAUGGGUUAAGCGGGGUCUGGGAUUUAUUCGCUCAUUUUUUUCAAUAAAUAAUUAUUGAACACCCA